AUGCGCUAUGAAAACUGGGAUGUGCUCCUCUUCCCCUCGGGCUCCAAGGUGCCCAUCCAGGAGUUCAAAACACAAUGCUUUGUGACCAAGGACCGAGAUUCCCCCUACAUGCAGAAUCCCUCAAUUGCGGUCUCACCCUACUUUGUGAUGCCCGGCAACUUCGGUCAAGUGCCCGUCCUCACUACUUUUAUCCCCAGUCUGCCCAAGGACAGCCCAUUUCGCGUUUCAAUUCACAGUUGGGAGAAGCCUCGCCCGAGUCGCCUGAUCGAGAGUUUGAUGCGACCCGAUGAUUUGCUGCUCUAUGAAGCGCGCGUGUUCAUUGAUGGGCGCUGUGUUGCAGGGAGUCUCUUCGGCGAGAGAGCUUCAUGGCCACAUGUCCUUGUUCCCGUAUCGUUUGUUCCACUGCUUUGCUUGGUGAUCCUCGAGCCUCUGACCAUAUCAACAGACAUCGAUCGAGAUGGCAACCAGGACAACCUUCGCUUCCCCUCUUUCCACAACGAGAUUCUCCAGCAAAGGCACUGGGAUGCAGGAGAUUUGUACGGACGGGUCAAAGUCGUUAUCGCCGAAGGGUUUUCUCGCCCACUGCGCUCGCCCCCGUUUGAAAGAGUGAAGGAUGUCAUUGCCUUGUCUUUUCAACAUGCACCUCUAGGCAUUCUGGAAUAUUCCAACAUCGCCUGGCCCAAUUCUAACAUGUGGUCUCAAGCCUCGCGGACCGGAUUCAAGUACAUUGCGGGAAGCGUUUACGGUGAUUUGAAGGAAACGGAGGAUUCUUCUCACGGCCAUUCGCCAAGCAAACCUGAGUUUCGCGCGACGGCAACCCUGAGCAGUCAGUCCAGCGGUGGUCAGGCCAUGCUCUACAAUUCCUGGGCUCCUCACCGUGACUUUCCUAUGCCAGCAACGCAGUGGCCAAGCUAUUCUCGAGACCCUCGAUGGGAAGGAUAUCCAGAGCCACUCAUGACAGAGACAGACCCUUACAUCCAGUUCACCGAGGCCGCCUGGCGCCAUCGAGGUGCCCGGUCGUCUCGAGAAGACGUGCCUAUGCCCGACUAUAUCUCUAGUUCUACCAGCAGUCGUGCAAUCUCAAGCAUGACCGGGAUCAGCUACGAACACAGCAAGCAGCCCAGCAUCACCGCUCCUCUGAAUGACGACCAGUACCAUGAGCUGAUCCAAGCCCUAACUCCCACCAAGGGACCGACCAUCGGUACCCGUGCCCCGUCUAACACCCCGUCGGCCGUGAUCACUACCGUGAAACCCUCUGCCGCCGCGGAGGCGCGCUCAGCAAGCUACGCCAGGACCAGUGGCCGUACCUCUGUUCUGCGAGAGAUCUCACAGUCCAGCACUCGCGAAGUCUCCGGGUCAAGUCUGAAAUCCAAUCCCCAAGCCGAAAAAGAGGCAACGCCGUCAAAUCUUGGCGUCAGUCCCAGUGGAAAUGUGAAGAGCAAGAAAGAACGCACGAAGGAGCAUAUCAAGGAGACCCUCAAGGCGAGCACCAUGGAUAUUUCCAAGGAAAACAACAAGGAGAACCCGAAGGAGAAGGAGAACGAAGCCGUGGAAAUCGCGUAA